GUAAAAACUGAGAGAAAAAAAAGUGAAAUUUUAAAUUAAAGUAAAUAAAGAGCAGAGGAUGCGGUGCGUUUCACCCCACGGUAUAACAUCACCAACCGGCACGUUCGCGAAGCUGCUUGGAGGGAAAACCGUGGUGAGAUGCACAUGCGCGAUGUGUGCGACUUACACCAACGACGCCGGCUCCUCGCGAUCCACCGCGGCCUCCUCGCUAUGGGCUUAACACUGUCUCUCCGGCGCCCUUCAGCCUUCGUGGAUCGUCAUUCGACGCCUCAGCCAUCUCAGAUGCGGCGACUUACCUUGUCUUCGACCAGGCGGCAUCUCGGCGGUACCCAGGGUCAAGCCGGAGGCCUAGGAGCUGUGGUACAACUUGGAGCGCAGCGCACAUCGACGACGAUCGCGCAAAGAACCCUCGUCCGCUUGCUGAGGAGCAGCAAUCCCCUCAAGACAAACAUAUGCAGGCUGUUCUCUAGUAGAGAGAUUUUUCUUCCUCUCCGCCGCCCUCUGCGACAGUUCGUUGGUAGGAAAAAUGGACCGCGGGCGUGGGGGGGCGUGGCUACGGCAGCGACAGGUGCCUCCAACGUAGGGAGGUAAGUAAUAUGAGAUAGAGAGAUUGUCCGGAGGUAGGAUCCGGCGGUGACCAAGAGAGGUCGGUCGCGCGGCGAUCUAAAAAAAAAAAGAAGAAUCAUAAUUUCCCGAUCGCUGCCGCAGCCAGGCGUACCUCCGCACGGUACAGCAAGUGGAUGUUUUACGUGCCAGAAAAAUCGCACCUUCGCGGCACUGGCGACAAGUCUAGGGUCGCGGGCACUACGGCCAACAUCCCGCACGCCUUCGUCGCCAACAGUACGUCGGCAAGCUCCUCGACGGCUCCCUCCCGCUCGCUGCGCCGAUCCGCUGUGUGUGAGGAUGCCUCCCAACAACAGCAACAACAGGGUCGAUAUUACUACUACUGGCACAUGUGAGCGAAACCAGAGCCUCUAGCUAUAGUAGAGAGAAUAAAAUAACUACUCCUACCAUCGUACUCACUAUAUUUAGACGCGGCGAAGAGAGGCCUCUAGCACCAACAGCUGCUUCUAACAAUACAGACCGUAGACAGCUCUCACCACCUACAUAGUAGGAGAAAAGGGGGACCGGCCUACAGUCAGCGCGAUGCGUCCUCGAAGAAGGGCGGCAUCCGACGCACAGCAGUAUAUGCCUACCUCCCACCAGGUUAAUUACCGACCUGGGUGCCUAUCUAGAACCUGCCAGAGCCCGUC